UGUCCUUCUCCUCCUACAUCCAUCAAUCAAUGGCAAUGGCAGUCUCUAGCCACCUCCUCCCGCUCAUAAUUGUUCUCACCAUUUUCUCUCCAUCCUUCGUGCAGUCAUCAGCAACUUGCCAUGACGAUGAUCACUCGUUCCUGUUAGAAUUCAAGAAGAGCAUCACCGACGACCCUGUAGGUCUCCUUGCCACUUGGAACAUUAGCACGGACUGCUGCAAAUGGGAAGGCAUCGGCUGCGAUCUCUCCACUGGCCGCGUCGUCAACCUCAGCCGUCCAGGCGUCUUCACCAGUGACGAUGCUCCUAUGGACACUUCCAUGACCGGCACGAUCCCUUCAUCGGUAUCUCGUCUCUCUCAUCUCCGACUCCUUGAUCUCAGCAGUCUCAAAUGCCUCCAUGGAUCCAUUCCUCCUCCUCUCGGCCAACUCACUUCACUGGUCGAGCUUCGGCUUCAAAAUAACAAUCUUACAGGCCCAAUUCCUUCUACUUUUGGUAAUCUCGUUAAUUUGCGAACGCUCAGUCUCGGCUCUAAUCAGCUAUCUGGUACAAUCCCUCCGUUGAUAUUCUCGGCUCUUAGAUAUCUCACCGAGCUUACUAUGUCGGAAAACCAGCUCUCUGGCUCCCUUCCUCCAUCCAUUGGACAUCUAAAAUUACUCGACACUCUCGACCUUCACACCAACAAUCUCAGCGGAAACUUACCGUUGGACAUCGGGAUGCUCAGAGAACUGACGUAUCUUGAUAUUUCCCAGAACCAGCUUUCUGGCAGUCUUCCUGAAUCCAUCGGCAACCUCAGAAAACUCGAGGUUAUGUAUCUGGAUCAAAAUCGACUGUCCGGUGAAAUUCCAUCAUCUGUCUCCGGCAUGACCUCUCUUGCAAUCCUUCGCCUGAGCAGUAACCAGUUAACCGGAAAGAUACCUGAUUCAAUCACAGGCCUCACUCACCUUGAGCGCUUGCUUCUAGACUACAACCAGCUCACUGGAGAAAUACCAGCUUCAAUCGGUAGUCUCCGCAACCUCAGCAUCAUCUACCUCUCCAACAACAGAUUAACAGGACGAAUCCCUUCAACUCUCGGCGACAUGGGGCUCAGUUACCUAGAUCUCUCAGAAAACAACCUAUCAGGCCCAGUUCCUGCUAGUCUCUCCAAGCUCACUGAUCUCGAAUCAUUUGGCCUCUCAUUCAACCCUCUCCUAAACCUAGACGGCCUUCCGAGUUGGAUAGGCAAACUGCCUCUGCAGGUGCUGAGGAUGGCCGGCGUCGGUCUCGUGGGUCCCGUUCCUGAUUGGAUGUCGGCGUUGACCGGUACUCUCGGUGAUCUCGACCUGUCGAGCAAUAAGUUAUCAGGAGAAAUUCCACAUUGGAUCAGCGACACGCAAUACCUUUACUCUGUCAACUUAUCCAACAAUGCCUUCGAAUGCAAGUUACCUCUGGAGCUGUUCAAGGGUAUGGACACGUUGACUAGGCUCGACCUCAGCAACAACAGAUUCACCGGAGGAAUAGAGGAGGACAUUGGGGAAUGGCGAGCAAUGCGGGGGGUCGAAUAUUUUGACGUGUCUGGUAACCCUUUAGGAGGAGAGAUACCGGAGUCUAUGAGGAAGAUGAAGAGUUUGACGGAGGUGAGGAUGGCGAGAAACGGGUUAACGGGUCGGAUCCCCGUGGGGUUGUUGGACCUUGGGGGGCUUACCCUGAUUGACUUGUCGGAUAACAGGUUGUCGGGUCCGAUACCAAAUCACAAAGCCAGUGUUGGGGCCGAAGGGUUCCGGGGGAAUCCGGGACUUUGCGGAGAGCCAUUGCCACCAUGCAAGUAGUACUAUGGUGGACUUACACUAGUUAGUUAAUGGUGCUUCUUUUGACUUUGGUUGGGGCUGCUGCUGUUCAUUGAUGUUAAUGGAUUUUGAGUUCCUUGUCUUUUGCUAGUUAAUCAACAAAUAUAAACUUACCUAUCUGGAAUAAAACUUGAUGCUCACUUGACUAA